AUGAGCGCCGCAGCGCCAGAGAGUGGACGAGGAGGUACGAGGUACGACGAGAAGAACUUCACUCUCGGGCUGAAUUCGCUGCUCUCGCGCGGCGCUUGUGCUAGCAGCGCACACGAACACGAGCGAGCGCCUCGAAGCGCCCGAGCUUUCGUGAACGGCGAGAAGCGCCGUCGCAGCGCCGCCGCUGCCAACGACUCGUCGCCGAAGACUUAUCACCUCGCUGCAUCUACCGAACGAAAUGGCAACCUCAGCCCAGUGCAACACAGCGACGACGAUGUUGCGCAGAGUUUUACAAAAGUCAUAAAAGUCGGUUGA